UUUCGUUUCCAAAAGAUUCUAAGCAACUCCCGAUCAGCAUCAUGAAAGUAUUCAUUGCUUUUGCCGCCUUCGCAGCCCUGUCCUUCGCAGCUGCGGUAGAACUCUCGCCCGCCCAGAUUGCCGAGGUCAGGCAGAGGGCCAAGGCCUGUGCCGAGCAGGAGGGAAUCACCAAGGAGCAGGCUAUUUCCCUGAGGGCCGGUAACUUCGGGGACUUCGAUCCCAAGGUCAAGUGCUUCGCCAACUGUUUUCUGGAGCAAAGUGGCCUGGUGGCCAACGGUCAGAUUAAGCCCGAUGCAGUUCUGGCCAAACUUGGUCCUAUCGCCGGGGAGGCAAAAGUCAAGGAGGUGCAGGCCAAGUGCGACUCGAUCCAGGGAGCCGACAAGUGCGACACCAGCUAUCAGCUGUACAAGUGCUAUUACGAAAACCGCGCUCAAAUCUAAUUGAACAUUUGCUAUCUGUCUCUAAGCCGUUUUAAAUUAUUAACGCAAUAACUAUUUUGCUGCUUAUCUACUGACCAAAAUUUAAAUAAAAAGUAAACGAAAAAAGAGAAAUUGUGAAAGUAUGAGAGUAGAUUUCAGCAAAAAUAAAUAAGGUUAGUUUAAUUACA